AUGCUCCAGUGGCACCGCUCGCCAUUGGUUCUGCUGGCCGCCUUCUUCUUCCUCUCAAGAGCUCGAGCCAAGCUCUCGGAUCCAUUCGUGAACCUCACGGAAGCUCCACUUCCUCCGUUACCUCAUGAGCUUCAGAAACGAGAUGGCAAUUAUGUCAAAUUUGCAGUCGAAUGGCCAGACAAGUCCUUGAUGGAGGAUAACAAGGAGAACUCUCGAUGGUGGUCCGAUGAAUCGUGGGCAGGAGGUUGGUGGUAUGAAGCGGGACAUUCAGCGAAUAUACCCGGUGCAGUCGUGGUCAACUAUUAUGUGAACACUCAGAACGAUUACAUGUGGAAGACAGGGCAUGCCACUGCGCAAGUUACGUGUACCGGUGGUUUCACAGCGCCCGCGUCCGGUAGCACAGUGACCUUCACAGUCGCUGCUACUUCCCCAUACGUAAGACCUACUGCUUCUAACGGUGCCUUUUUCACGUGCGCUCCGACCCUCAGCUAG